AUGUGCUGGAGACAGUGGACGCAGACCCCACCAAUUGGGCUGCAGCAUCCCCACCCCCGCACAGGAAGGAGGCCCUGGGAGGGCCCACGGGGCCCGCGCCGGGCAGCGGGUGGCAGGGACGGACAAGAGAAUGUGCUGAGAGGACACUCAGAAACCUCCGCCCUCCUGGGGACAAAGUCCCCCUGCACCAGUGACCGGUGGGCAGCAAGCAGGGGGCCAGGAAGACCAGGCCUGACAGGGAGGGGCCGGCCCCAGCCGGACAGCUCUUCCUCCCCACAUCCCAGGAGCAGGAAGGGGACUGACCACAAUAAGAGGCACUCCACGAGCAAGGGGGCCGGUCAGGGCUCAGCUGGAGAGAGAACAGGAUGGGCCGAGUCUCCUGGUCCAGAUCUAGAUUUGGGCCUGGGCCUGUCCCUGCCCAAAAUCCAUGCCGAGUUCCCUCACCUGCGCCCAGGACCCUCCUGCCACUCUGGACACAGUUGGCCUGGUGGACCAGAGGCUGGGAAAUGCAGGGACCUCCGGUUCUGCCCCCAUCUUGGAAGACGGGGAUGUGGACCCCUGGGCCCUCCCUCAGCUAAAGGACACUGGCCAGUCCUGGAAAGAGCUCAGCACGGCCGGCAGGGUGCUCCAGGGGGCUGCUGGCUUCCUCAAGGCCUGUGGGCUCCUGGGCAGCCUCUACCUCUUCAUCUGCUCCCUGGACAUCCUCAGCUCUGCCUUCCAGCUGCUAGGCAGCAAGGUAGCUGGAGACAUCUUCAAGGACAACGUGGUGCUGUCCAACCCUGUGGCUGGACUGGUCAUCGGCGUGCUGGGCACGGUCCUCGUGCAGAGCUCCAGCACGUCCUCCUCCAUCGUGGUCAGCAUGGUGGCCUCCAAGCUGCUGACUGUGCGGGCAUCUGUGCCCGUCAUCAUGGGCGUCAACGUGGGCACAUCCGUCACCAGCACCCUGGUCUCGAUGGCACAGUCGGGGGACCGGGACGCGUUUCGGAGGUGAGUGAGGUGCGGGGGAGGGCAGGGGCUGCGGCUGGAGCUUCCGACCACCCAACUCCGUGUGGCCUCAGGGCCUUUGGCGGCUCAGCCGUGCACGGCGUCUUCAACUGGCUCACGGCGCUGACCCUGCUGCCGCUGGAGAGCGCUGCGGCCCCCCUGGAGAGGCUCAGCGCACUGGCCCUGGGCGCUGCCAGCCUGCAGCCCGGGGGGCGCGCGCCUGACAUCCUCAAGGUGCUGACACGGCCGCUCACAAGCCUCAUCGUGCAGGUGAGGCCAGCCGCUGCUUCCGGCAGGACCCACACGCCAGGCGUGGCGGGGAGGGGUUUCUUGGGGAGGUGGCGACAGACAGUCGAGGCAGAUGUGGGCAGGGCGUCGUCGGCUGGGGAAGAGAGAGCACACUGGGCCGGGCUGUGGUCCUCUGAGCCCCCGGGAGUCCAACACCAGACCCAGACUCCUCUGUCCCCCAGCUGGACGCUGAUGUCAUUACGGGCCGCGGCACAGGCAACGCUACCAACAGUAGCCUCAUUAAGCGAUGGUGUGGCACCGAGGUGCAGACGACUGCAGGGAACAGCAGCACCUGUGCGGCGGCCACUGGGGGCCCCUGCCCUGCGAGGAACAGCUCUGCCGCCGAGGAGCAGCUUCCCUGCCGCCACCUGUUCGAGGGCACAGCGCUCGCGGACCUGGCCGUGGGCUUCAUCCUGUUGGCUGCCUCCCUGCUCGUGCUCUGUGCAUGCCUCGCCCUCAUCGUCAAGCUGCUCAGCUCCACUCUGCGGGGCCGCGUGGGCCAGGCCACUUCCCCUCCCCAUUCGGCUGGCUCAGCGGCUAUCUGGCCAUCCUCGUGGGGGCCGGCCUGACCUUCGCGCUCCAGAGCAGCAGCGUCUUCACUGCAGCCGUCGUGCCGCUCAUGGGGGUCCGGGUGAUCAGCCUGGAGCGGGCGUACCCCCUCUUCCUGGGCUCCAACAUCGGCACCACCACCACGGCCCUGCUGGCUGCCCUGGCCAGCCCUUCGGAUAUGCUGAUCAGCGCCGUCCAGCACCCUAACAGGUGCAGCUCCUGAAAGCCUGGAUCUUGCUGGGCUGCUGCCCACAAGAAGAGAUGAACCCCAGCCCUCCCCGACUCCCACCUGCUCUCUUGCCUUGGCUCUUUGUCCAUUUGGAACCUCCCAGUGCAGGGCCCUGAUCCACCCCCUCCAGGAAGCCCUCCGGACUGCACCCACCACACCGACUCCUCGACUUCUUCAGCAACCCCUGGAGGGAGUUGUGUUCUCUCCACGUGUGGCCCUGCAACUCCUCCUCACAGGAGCCAGGCCAGAGCCCAGGGCUGGGUGGCCAAACCCGCUCAGGGAUGGCAUGAGCGGGGUCACCAUGAACGACGCUUUGGCAAGCUAAGCCAGCUCAGGGGAAGGUCGAAUCCACGGGGUCAUCACAGAUGCAGUUACCACACGGGGAUGCCGUACUAGGGUCCCGACCCUCAAAGUGUUGGGGGGUGCAGGAAGAGCGGGCCCAACACAGCUGGCCAGAAUUUGCCCUCCCAGGCUGCCGUCUCGGCUAACAAGCGGGACCGCAAACUGCCUUUGGGCUUAGUGCCCUUUCUGCCAAGAAAGGGAGGGGCAGGCGUCCCGGGGAGCCCAGGGGACCCCGUACCACAGAGCCCAGGCUCCUGAACCCUGCUUGCCCUCCCUCCCUCCAGGUCGCCCUCAUCCACUUCUUCUUCAACCUGGCUGGCAUCCUGUUGUGGUACGUGGUGCCCGUCCUCCGGCUGCCCAUCCCACUGGCCAAGCGCUUUGGGGACCUGACUGCCCGCUACCGCUGGGUGGCCGUCGCCUACCUGCUG